GGCUGCAUGUCUAGAAUAGGCCCAACGCGAGCUAACGGUGCGGGUUGCCCCAUUGCAGCUUACCUAGGCCCUCUCGUUUCCUCCCUCUCUCUUCUCUCUCUUCUUCUCCUCCACUUUCUCUCCCACUCGCAGCCGCUACGGAACCUUUCACAGACGACAUUCACCGCACACCAUAGUCACCUCUCCAGCUGCUCUCUGUGCCCCCUUGGUCUCCUGCUGUCAUCCUUCUUUCUCCUCUUCCUUUCUCCUCCUCUCCUACCUUUCUCCAACUCUUCCACCCCCCCUCUCUCAUCGACUUCUUUUUUUUUUUUUUCUAAUUAUCACAUCCAUUCUCCCUUCUUCCCCCCAUUCGCGUUCACACCGCAUCUUGCUGCUUGCUUGCUUGUCCAUCCCAUCCAUCUGCGGGUGAGGUCAACAGGACUACCUUUUCCGAGAUCCUGCUGUUGCUCUCGAAAACCUUCUCAACAACGUCCUAUAUUUCUCCAAAAUGGUCGUCGCUACAAUCAAAUGUGUCGUCGUCGGUGAUGGUGCGGUUGGAAAGACCUGUCUUUUGAUUUCAUACACAACAAACAAGUUUCCUUCUGAAUAUGUCCCGACUGUCUUUGACAAUUAUGCCGUGACUGUCAUGAUCGGCGAUGAACCGUACACUCUUGGUCUUUUCGAUACUGCUGGGCAGGAAGAUUAUGACCGUCUCCGUCCUCUCUCGUACCCUCAGACAGACGUCUUCCUCGUUUGCUUCUCCGUUACUUCGCCCGCCUCCUUUGAGAACGUUCGCGAGAAAUGGUUCCCCGAAGUUCACCACCACUGCCCCGGCGUCCCCUGCCUUAUCGUCGGUACUCAGACUGAUUUGCGCGACGACCCCGGUGUCCGUGAGAAGCUUUCCCGCCAGAAGAUGCACCCGAUUCGCAAGGAGGAUGGAGAUCGCAUGGCCAAGGACCUUGGCGCCGUGAAAUACGUCGAAUGUUCUGCUUUGACUCAGUAUAAGCUCAAGGACGUUUUCGAUGAGGCCAUCGUUGCUGCUCUCGAGCCCGCACCCAAGAAGCCCAAGAGAUGCGUCUUGUUGUAGGCUCUUUCUCAUUUCUUUUGUUUACCGAAAAGGCAUUUCAGUUAUGUCAGGUUCGUACACCUACGCCAGAACAAUCCGAAGCUGGUCGUUAACGGUUCCUCUCAGAUACCACGGGAUGAAUUUGUCUUUGGGGGGGAAGGUUAUGGAUUGAAACGAUCUUGAUCU